AUGGUGCCCCUUCUGCUGCUGCUGCAUCUGCUGUGCGGUGGAUCCCUGCAAGAGCAGCAACGCUAUGAGCUCCGAGUGCAGGGAUCAGUAAUGGUGCAGAAGGGUCUAUGUGUACACGUGCCCUGCUCCUUCUACCCGUGGAGUCCGUGGUCUUCCUCUGGCAAACUCUACAUCUACGUCUACCAGAAAGGGUACCACCAACAUAAGGUUGAACUUGUGGCCACGAACGUCCCAACUCUGCAAGUGAAGACAGAGACCCUGGGCCGAUUCUUCCUCACGAAUCCUAGGACCAACAACUGCUCCCUGAGCAUCAGAGAUGCCAGGAAGAGAGAUGCAGGGAUCUACUUUUUCCGAGUGGAGAGACGAAGUACUACCCAACAUACUUACCAAGAUGAGGAGAUGACUUUGCUGGUGACAGCCCCAGGUCCCAGGCACCUCCCUCUCUCCUCCUCAGACCUGACACAGAAACCUGACAUCCGUAUCCUGGGGACUCUGGAGUCCGGCCACCCCGCAUGGCUGGAAUGCACCCUGCUGUGGUCCUGUGAGGGGAGAAGACGUCUCAGUUUCUCAUGGGUGGGGGAUGCUCUUGACUCUCUGAGUCCCAAGACCCUUCGCUCCUCCAAGCUCACCUUCACCCCGAAGCCCGGGGACCAUGGCACCAAAAUCACUUGUCUGGUGACACUUGAAGGACCUCAGGUGACCACACAGAAUACCAUUCGCCUCAAUGUCUCCUAUGCCCCACGGAACCUCACCGUAGUUGGGUCCUACAGAAAUGUCACAGCCCUCAACAUUCUGCAGACCACAUCCCUUCUCAUCCUGGAGGACGAGGCUCCGCGGCUGCUCUGCGUGGCUGACAGCAACCCCCCUGCACAGCUGAGCUGGUUCCGGGGGUCCCCCAGCCUGAACUCGGGCCCCAUCUCCAGCACCCGGGUCUUGGAGCUGCCUCGCAUGGGGACUGGGGGUGAAGGACAGUUCACCUGCCGAGCUCAGAACCGGCUGGGCUCCCGAACUCUCCGCCUCCGCCUCUUCGUGGUCUACCCCCCACGGCUGCUGGGACCCUUCUGCUCCUGGGAGGACCAGGGUCUGCGCUGCAGCUGCUCCUCCCGGGGCCAGCCGGCCCCCUCGCUGCGCUGGCGGCUGGGGGAGGGGCUGCUGGCGGGGAACCACAGCAACGCCUCCCACGCGGUCACCUCCCGCUCCGCGGGGCCCUGGGUCAACGGCUCCCUGAGCCUCCGCGCGGGGCUCGGCGCCGGCCUCCGGCUCAGCUGCGAGGCGGAGAACGUCCACGGGGCGCAGAGCGGCGGCGCCCUGCUGCUGCCAGAGAGGCCGGUGUGCGUGUCCCGAGUGGUUCCCGCGGCUCUUGGAGGGGCUGGUGCCAUGGCCCUACUGUCUCUAGGCUUGUGUCUCAUCUCCUUUUGCAUAGUGAAAACCCGCAGGCAGCAAACAGGCAGGAGAAGAAGGAACACAAAUGAUGAGGACCCUGUCAUGGGUGCAGUCACCUGGGGUUCGCAGAGAAACCCCAAACGAGACAGGCCUCCAGACCAAGUGUUGCCCACGAGAGAUGCCUCUCCAUCGAGAGAGGAGGAGGAUGCCCAGUACGCCAACCUCAGGUUUCACAGAGGGAAUCCAUGGGAGCCUCCGGAUGAGAAGGCCACCAGCACCUGCGAGUACUCACUGGCCAUUUCCCUCCCCGACACAGGGACCUGGACCCGCUCUGCCCUGUCAGGUGCAGGCAUGGUGCCCCUGCUGCUGCUGCCCCUGCUGUGGGGGGGGUCCCUGCAGGAGCAGCGCGGCUAUGAGCUUCGAGUGCAGGAAUCCGUGAGGGUGCUGGAGGGUCUGACCGUGCACGUGCCCUGCUCCUUCUCCUACCCGUGGAAUUCGUGGCCCGCGUUCACACUCUACACCUACUGGUACCGGAAUGGGCAUGACAGACCCUACAAGGAACCUGUGGCCACCAACUCGUAUAAGCAAGUGAGGAAAGAGACCCAGAACCGAUUCGUCCUCACAGACCCCAAGAGUAAUGACAACUGUUCCCUGAGGAUCCGAGACGCCAGGAAGAGUGACACGGGGAUCUACGUCUUCCGAGUGGAACGAGGAGCUGAUGUGAAAUAUACUUACCAAGAUAAGAAGCUAAAUUUGCGGGUGACAGGGCCCAAGCCCCUCCCUGCCUCCUACUCUGCUCUGACAGACAAACCAGACAUCCUCGUUCCGGAGCCUCUGGAGUCCGGGCGCCCCGCACGGCUGAGCUGCAGCGUGCCAGGGGCCUGCGAGGGGGGCACGCCGCUCUCCUUCUCCUGGGCGGGGGCUGCUGUUGACUCCCUGGACCCCCAGUCCCUCCGCUCCUCGGUGCUCACCUUCACCCCGAGCCCGCGGGACCAUGGCGCCAACCUCACCUGUCAGGUGCAAUGCCAAGGAUUUUCAGUGACUAAGGAGAGAACCAUCCGGCUCAAUGUCUCCUAUGCUCCUCAGUUGACCAUCAGCCUUUCCCAGGGCAACUCCACAGUUCUGAAGACCCUCAGCAACCUCACGUCACUGCCUGUCCUGGAGGGCGAGUCCCUGCGCCUGGUCUGCGUGGCUGACAGCAACCCCCCUGCCACGCUGCACUGGUCGCUGGACGGGAAAGCCCUGACCACGACCCAGCUGUCAGCACCGGGGGUCCUGGAGCUGCCCCCCGUUGGGGCUGGAGACGGAGGGGAGUUCAGCUGCCGCGCUCGGCACCCGCUGGGCUCCCAGCACGUUUCCUUCAGCCUCUCUGUGCAGAGAAGGCCUCCGUCCUGCAGGUGUGUGACUGGGGAGCAGCAGGGCUCCUGGCCCCUGGUCCUCACCCUGAUCAGAGGGGCCCUCAUGGGGACUGGCUUCCUCCUCACCUACGGCCUCACCCGGCUCUACUACACCAGGUGCGGAGGCCCCGAGAGAACAGAGCCGAGCCCUGACUGACGCUCCCCUCCUGUGACGACGGCCCUGUGGCGUGACACGGAGUCCAGGGGGGUGGUUGUGGGACAUCAGCGUCGCCUUCUCCCUGGAAACUCCUGACUCGCCUGUCUCAAUCGUACCCUUGGGACUGGAGUUUGUGUAAGUGACGGAGUGAGGACCAGGAGAGUCAAUGCCAAUGAAAAGAGAUUUGUAUUCAUUUCACUCCCUGAGAGGAGGCCCCACCAGGCCAGGCAGGGCCCCGGGGGGAGCGCCAGGUUUCCUCGGGGAGCAGGUGCAAGCGGGAGGCAGAAGAGCCAGCGCCUUUCUUGGGGUUUCCAUAGGAAAUGCAAGGCAGGGCAGGGUGAGCAGUUCGGAUCAGCCAGUAUGAAUAAAUGAGGGGGGUUAGUGCCUGUGGGGGGGUCUCCCUCUCCCGGGUGCCAGGCGCUGGGUGAUUGAGGGCAAGCUGGGGUGGCUGGGGAAUAUGGGCAGAGGAUGGGGCAGUUUACACCUGACAGGCUGUUCCUGGCAGAGCUCCUUCCCUCCCUGAGAAUUGCCCGUCCUGGGAGGGGCUGUCUCUCCUUGGUUAGCGAGGUUUGUAAGAUGUCGAACAGCGUAAGAUACAGAAAACGGACAAUAAGCGAUACACACCCGUGAGCCCCCUUUGCUGCUGCCUGUCCGGCUCCCGUUUGCCUUGUCCUCCCUCCCCCACGCCCUGCUCCUCUCUCUCCAUCCCCAGGCCCCGGAGGGGAACGACCGUGGGGCCUUAGCCUCCCAUUGCCCAGAGGUUACCCGGUGAACACCCGCGUUUCUAGUCUCCUACGCUGCCCCGUCACCGUAGCCAUCUGUAGGCACUCGGGUCAGGAGCGCAGCUCUCUCUUUCCAUUCAAAGUCACCUACCUUGUAAUGAUUACUCUUUAACGGUAAAUA